AUGCUCAGUGUUUACUUCCGGUGUGAAAGGUUAAAUCUCUUCCCACAUCCAUGGUUCCUCCUUCAUUGUUCUAUCAGACAUUAACGAAGCUACGUUGUAUAAGUUACACACAUAUAAAGUUGUAUAAACAUGUCGGAUGAUGAUUUAAUCGGACCGGCUCCGCUCCUGAGGUUCGGGGGAGAAAGCGACCUAGACUCGGACAGUGACGAUGGAUUCGCCGGUCCCGCUCUGCCUCCGGGAUACAAGCGGGGGGAACCGUCGAGCUCGUCGGAUGAGAGUGAGCCGGAGGUGUCGGUGAAAAGAGCCAAGACGGGACACUCAGCUGGAGACGGACCCGCACAGGCAGAGAAAACAAAGACAAAAGAUGUUGUUGACGACGACGAUUUCUUUGGACCAGCUCUCCCACCGGGAUUUAAGAAAACACAGAGUUCACCAGAGAGGCUGCCUCUGCUGGGACCAGCUUUGCCUCCCGGGUUUCGCAGAGCAGCAUAUGAUAAGGAUGAGAAGGAUGAUGAUGGCGGAGAUGGUGAGGGUCCUGCCCUACCCCCCGGCUACCAGGCUCAGCCCUCCAGCAGCGAGGGAGAGGAAGAGGAAGUGAUUGGACCCAUGCCAACCAAAGGGCCUAUCAGUGACUCUGUGGCUCAGGACUUUGAGCGCAGAGCACAGAGGAUGAAAGAUAAGCUCACUGGAGACGACACUCCUGAGAUAGUUUCCAGAGAAACAUGGAUGACAGAGCUCCCACCAGAACUGCAGCACAUCGGCUUAGGCGCUCGAACUUUCAAGAAGAAAUCAGGUCCGGAGAACAAAGAUCGCACCAUGUGGACAGAUACACCAGCAGAUAGGGAGCGCAAGGCCAGGGAACGCAUCGAGAAAAAGGAGAAGGGUGAGGAGGAGGAGAAAGACAGUGUCCCACAAGUCCCCCAGAAGGACUUAGAAAUGGCAGAGACAGUGUCAAAGUAUAACGAGUCUAAGCGUGCGGAGUCUCUGAUGACAUUGCACUCAAAGAAGAUGAAGGCAAAAGCGAAGGAGAAGGCCGACGUGCCAGUGGAGAGGAGGCCGUUCGAUCGGGACGAGGACCUGCAGGUGAAUCGCUUCGACGAGGCCCAAAAGCAGCGGCUGCUGAAGAAAUCUCAGGAGCUGAACACGCGUUUCUCCCACAGCAAGGACCGAAUGUUCCUGUAACAGUCAAGAAUGUGCUGCGUUUAAAUGUGCAGACCUGCAGCCCCGGUCCAGCUGGUGACAUUUUCAUACAGAGUUUUUUACAACAUAGACUGUCUCUACAGAUGCAGGUCUGUGAGGUUUCAUUUUGUGUUGGUAUAUGAGGUCAACUAAACUUGAUAAAACAGACUAUAUGACAUGACUGGACUGGAAAAUGCCUCAAACGGAUUCAAGCUGGUGUAAAGCUGCAGCCAGUGAAGCUUGUUUUUGUUCAGGAGACACUGUUACAGGUCUAUUGAUAUGGAAGUGAAUAUUAAAAGAUGUGCGCUUUUCUUGUGAUGAUAUUCAGUGAAAUCAGGUAAUCUUUUAAAUUUUGGAUUCAGUAAUCUGUGAUACAUUGUGACGCUAAUGUAUACUUUGUAGCGUUGCAGUCUUUCAUGUGUCAAAUCAAUGAACUUAAUUUUCUUUGUUCUAUUUUAAAGUGAUUAAACAUUUCGUUUUUUUCUA